UCAUGCAUGGAGCUCCUACUUGCGAGUGCAACACGUGCUACGCUGGCCAUGACUGCUCGGAGCUGUUGCUGAAUUGUUCGGCCAAUGUUGACAGUGGUGAUCCUGUGUAUCUAGAGCCAUACUGGCAGCGACAUGCAGCAAGCAGCGCAGUCCUGGUCUCAGGAUGGCACCGGAUGUCCUACAGGACCACAGGCGGCAACUUCAUCUCCGUCGAGCUCGAGAACCAUGUCCGCGGCCUCCACCGUGCCGUUGGCAAUGCAGUGGUCGACGGCAGGUUUAUCGUGUUUGGCACUGGAUCGAUGCAACUUAUUAACGCGCUUGUGUAUGCACUUUCACCAGAUUCUGCUGGUGAUGGCUCGGUUUCUCCGGCUAGAGUUGUAGCUUCUGUUCCUUUCUAUCCGGCUUAUAAGACGCAAACCGAAAUUUUUGAUUCAAGAGAGAAUGAAUGGGAAGGAAUAACCUCAAAAUGGCUAAACUCGUCAAAUGAAAACUUCAUAGAGUUUGUGACUUCACCAAACAACCCCGACGGACUCCUUAAAAGUUCAGUCCUGCGAGGCUCUUCUGUCAUCUACGACCAUUGCUACUACUGGCCUCAUUACACUGCUAUUCCAGCUCCAGCCGACGAAGAUAUCAUGAUGUUCUCCAUCUCCAAGUCCUCCGGCCACGCCAGUAGUAGAUUCGGGUGGGUGUUGUUGAAGGAUGAGAAGCUUUACAAGAAAGCAUUGACUUACAUGAGAUAUAGCGUGAUGGGUGUAUCUCGGGAUACACAGCUCCGAAUGUUGAAGAUCAUCAAAGUCAUUCUCAAAGAAGUAAGAGGGAAAGAAGACAUCUUCAUGUUUGGGUAUGAGACAAUGAGAGAGAAGUGGAAGAGACUGAACAAGCUAGUUUCAUCUUCCAAUUGAUUUUCGUUUUAGAAACUUGAUCCUCAGUACUGUACUUACUUUCAAAAGAUCAGGGAACCGUCUCCAGUGGCCGCGGCCAAAGCUAGGGGUAGAGGGGUUUACGGUGUUUAGCCUUAUUCUAAAGCUUAUGGAUGGUUGAAGUGCGAGAUGGAGGAAGAUAAAGAUUGUGAAGCUGUUCUAAGGAGGGAAGGCAUAAUUACUCGCGGCGGUGCAAAUUUCGGGGCUGAUAGCCGAUACACGCGACUGAGCCUUAUAAAGACACAGGAUGACUUUGAGCUUUUGAUGAGGAAAAUGGAAGCUAUAAUCUAAUACAAUUCAACGUAGAGGAAGGUUGCAAUUGAUUAUGUGUUGAUUGAUGCAGGAAAACUCUGAUGCUUAUAUGAUAGCCCCCCUUAGCUCAUUGCUUUGUAUACUUACAGUACUUUGAUAUGUGCUCUGAGACUAGAUUCUUAGUGUAUCCAUCUUUUAAGUAUAUGUUGAGUAAUUAGUCAA